CUCAGAAGAGAGCGAGCGAAACACGACACCCCGAGCACGGAGAGACGCACGGGGGGGAGGAGAGAGUAAUACUGAAUGGUGAUAGAGAGUGGAGGACUUACAAAAAGUCUGAAAAGAAAGAGAGGUUCCUCUCUAACGUUCAUUCCUGUCAAAGAACAAAGCGAGAUGUCAAACAGCGACGAAGAUGCGGUUGAGACGGAGUAAACAACUACUAGACAGUUAGCGAAACAACUUCUUAAAAGAGAGAGAGGCUUUACGGCUGGCUUGAGUCGUUUUCCGCCGCAACUUGAUCAGGUUUGAACGCUGCCAGUUACGGGACGAGAAGCGAGGACCAACAGCGAGGUCUGGACCGCUCGGCUCGGCUCAAAGGCACGCCAUUCGCUCGGUUUGGACGGUUGGCAGAGAUCCGCUGAAACGGAACGAGAGAGCGCGGUGGCUCGGGAAGAUAGAUUCGCUGAAGCAGCAGCAGCAGCUACAAAAGUUUGCCGUAUAUUCACCCAGUUUUCCACAUUGGGAACUAGAGGGGGAGGAAGAGGCCGAGAGACUGGCUUUUCUUUACACAAGCAACUUUGUGGAAUUCAUCCUGUUUAGCAAACUUUAGCUGCUUGCUGUCUAGCUAAGUAGCUAAAUCAGAAAAAUGAAAACACCUGGGGAUAAUGGGAUCGCCUUCCCAGAAUGGGCUUACAAGCCUGAGUCGAGCCCCGGGUCAAGGCAGAUCCAGCUGUGGCACUUCAUCCUGGAGCUGCUCAGGAAAGAAGAGUAUCAUGAUGUCAUCGCCUGGCAGGGGGACUACGGCGAGUUUGUCAUCAAGGACCCGGAUGAAGUGGCCCGGCUGUGGGGAGCCAGGAAGUGUAAACCCCAAAUGAACUAUGAUAAGCUGAGCAGGGCACUCAGAUACUACUACAACAAGAGGAUCCUCCAUAAGACCAAAGGGAAGAGGUUCACCUAUAAGUUCAACUUCAAUAAGCUGGUUUUGGUCAACUACCCCUUUAUUGACAUGGGCUCCACUGGAAGCAGCGUCCCUCAGAGUGCCCCUCCUGUCCCCACCGGUGCAGGGACUCACUUCCGCUUUCCUCCCUCAACGCCCUCCGAAGUCCUCUCCCCAAACGAGGACCUGCGCAGCCCCGGUGGCGUGUUCAGCUCUGUGGCCCGACGAAUGGCACGAGGCUCCGUCAGCGAUUGCAGCGACGGCACCUCUGUCAACUCUGAGAUUGAGGAAGGCAGCACUGGAGCGGGAGAGGAGAGGGGAGAGAGGGGUGUAAGUGGAGGAGGAGGAUCUGGUGGUGGAGGUGGAGGUGGAGGUUACCGUAGUAUCAUCCAUCCCCGACUGUCUCAUGAAACCCUGUUCCGCAUGUAUGGAGGACCGGGUAACCCUGCUGGGCACCCAGGCUCCCGUGGUCAUUCGGGGCACAGGAUCCACCCAGAUUCCCUGUCACCCUUCCCCGUGUCCCCUCUGCCAGGGCCAGGAGGAGCUGGCCUCUUAGCCCCUCCUCUGUCCCCAGCGCUCUCCAUGACCCCAACAUCUCACCUCCCCUACACCCCCUCUCCCACUCUGUCACCCAUGUUAGGCUCCCACUUCUCUUUUAACCCAGAGGACAUGAAGCGCUACCUGCAGGCCCACACCCAGUCGGUAUACAACUACGGCCUCAGCCCCAGAGCUUUCCUCCAUUACCCCAACAUCGUCAUCCCACAGCCCCACCGGCCCGCCGCAGACAAAGCUGGUCUGAGUGGAGAGAGAGGAGCUGCCGAGAGAGCAGAAAGAGCAGCGACUGCUGGGGGAGGAGAGAGGGGAGGAGAACGGCACCACCAUCCACCUCUGGCUCACUCUGCCCACCACCACCAGCACCCACCUCAUUCUGCCCAUCCUCACACCCAUUCUCAUCCCAUGCAUCAUCCACUCCACCUGGGUGAGGAGCCUCCCCACAUGUCUCCCUUCAAGUUCAAGCUGCAGCCACCGCCACUGGGUAGGAAGCACAGGGAGAGUCAAAGCCAGAAUAAACCCAGGCAGAGCUCCAUGUCCUCAGGAUCGGGGUCCAUGUCGUCUACCUCUGGCCUGGGCUCCUCGCUGUCAUUUGGCAGUGACCUGAGCUCAGCAAGCGGCUCAGGCCUCAUCUCUGCCUCCUCCUCAACGCAGUCUCUAAACAGUGCAGGACUUCCCAAGAUAAAGGUGGAGCCCAUCUCUGAUAUCGAGUCAGAGGAAGAGGUGGAGGUGACCGACAUUAGUGAUGAUGACCCAGAUUUGAGGGAUGAGGAGUUUGAACUCUUUUCCCCUCGACACUCCAGAGCCCCUGACCACCACCGUCAACACCACCAACACCUUGCUAACGGCACAGCCGCGCCCCAACAUCACCCCCAUCCUGAUGAGGACUUGGAUGAGGAUGUCUUCAAAGCCCCUGCUCCGCCUCCACCUGGCCUGAUGCCCUUCUUUACCUCGCAGCACACUCACUCCAGUCCGCUCCAUCGCAUGCUGCCCACCCUUAAGAGUGAACCUGCCGAACCAGGGGACAGUAACACCCCCCCACCUCAGACGGGCUCGGCGGGAGCUUCACAGACAAAGUGCAUCCCUCUCAAGCUGCGCUUCAAGAGGCGCUGGAGCGAAGACCAGCGCAUGGAGGCCUCACAGGAGGAGUCAGAUGACAAGAAAGUACGGCCAGAGGAGGAGAGGGAAAGAGGGAGGCAAAGUAAUGGACGGAUGGAGAUGGAGGAGGAUGGGACAGGCAGUGGAGAAGGGGACAGUCCUCCCCCGUUGGCAUACGAGGGCUCUUUAGCCACACCGUUGGCCUCGCAGCGUAGGGUGAGCGCUGAGCUACAUCGCGCCACUGCACAGCUGUCUCUGGAGAACAAAGACUGCUGAUGAGAAGCCCAAACACUACUGCUCCAGUAGCACUGGAGGUGGCACAGGAGUAUGUAAAUGGUUCCUCUGUGAUCCCUCUCCCACACUGACAAACUAGAUUCCUGAAACCUCCAGUGAACUUAGAGCACAGUCCAACAUAAACACAUAGAAAGCCAACAUCUCAAAGAAAGCAUGACUCUUGUUCUGUCAGAUGCUCCCCUCAAUCCUCUGUCUGGAUCAGGGCUCUUCUGGAAUCCUUUGGGAGGUGGGACUCACUCAGACUCAUCCCAGGCAAAGUGACUGUAACAGUGCUGAAAUCAGAAGGAGGCACCCUCAUAAACUCGGCUCCAAGUUCACCUCCCACCUGGCCAGUGAAGCUACUGAUGCCCUGCCCCAGUAGCACGUUCCUGCCUUCAGGCCCCAUCAAUAGGAUCAACUGCCACUCAGCACUUUCCUGAGGGGACAUACACCCGCUUAAAACCCAGCAACACACCCAGGAUGAGGAUGUGCACACUCCCUUAUGUUUCUUUUCCUAUAAGCUGACGGGACUUUGAUAAGUGCCUGUAUCUAAAAAAACCACAGCCCUGGUGUGACAUGGAAGAGAGCAAAGAAAGGAGAGGACUGCUACGAGUAAUCCAUCUUUAACUCAUGAGACCCUUGUAAAGUUUGGCGGAUACUGAAAAAUCACAGGGGGGGAAAUGAAAGUGUGUCUCUGAGCAUGACUAGUGGGGCUGUUGGGUGUUGUCUAACUGACUCUUAAACCUGGCCCACUCCACUCAGGGAAGCCUAUUGCUGUAUGUUUAUUGGAUUCAUGCUCACAAACACACACAAGCAAAAAAACAACAACCCAGCCAACAGUGAAGGGGACUCACAGUGAAAGCAUUGCUUAUGGACA